UGUUAUAGUUGAAUUUCCCAAACAACUUGCAACAAGAGCAAAACUACCCUUGUAAAGACAUUUCGCCCAACGAUCUUCCCACUAGAUGGAAAGUUAGAUCAACCAAGUUCAAGACCCAGUAACGAAUACAACGAGUCUGAUGAUUCUGACCGUCUGCAAGUGAAACUCAUGCAAUAUCUUCUCCUCUCAUGCCCUUUCACCACGUAUGUCGGAACAGCCCGAACGCAACAUAGCCACCUGAGGUUUUAUCUCAUCAUAUCUGCGGGAGUCCUUGGAACCACCGAAAGGACAUUUACCUGACGCUGAUAGACCAUAACUGCUCUUCCCAACCGAUCACAUGGUAAUGGCUCCAACUCAAGAAAUGAACUACAGCAAAGCAUUCACAUUUACCUGCAAACUCCUUUGAAACCGUCAAAAAUCCUGACUGACCCCUUCUGCAAUUUUUUUAUUUAUAAAAAAACACCGCAAGUUGUUCAUUUCAGCUCACCGUUGGUUUCGAUUUCGUUUCGAAUCCUGAGAUGUUUUGCGGCCUUUUUUUUUUUUUUAAUGAUGUUUAAGAACCGAAGGAGUUACCAGAAGAGCAGCAAGUUUGGUGUGUGUUAGCUCACAUUCUCAUCUGUUCUAGCCUAGCAAGUUCUUCAUCCUUCAGUCCCCCUCAUUUUUCUGCAAUGGAGAAAACUCGGUACACGAUAAGGACGAAGAAGAUUUCCUACAAACUAUCCCCUCAGUCCCACCGGUUCGGUCCUUUUAGAUGGAGGAAACCGACUGCAGCAGCUGAGACAAGUGCUGAUUAUAUUCUUCGGAAUGUGGACUGUGAAGCCAGGCCCGGAGAGAUCACAGCGAUUGCAGGCCCGAGCGGGGCUGGGAAGACUACUUUGCUGGAGAUACUCGCGGGAGUGAUCUCAACGAGGAGAGUCUCGGGUCGGGUCCUCAUCAACAAUCAGCCCAUGAAUAAGGCACACUUCAGAAGAGUGUCGGGCUAUGUCACGCAGGACGAGGCUCUCUUCCCGUAUCUCACUGUUGAAGAGACUCUGAUGUAUAGCGCUUGGCUUAGGCUGGGUGGUGGCACCGAUGGGGCUAGGGCCCGGGUGAGAGAGCUGCUGAGAGAGCUCGGGCUAGAGCGAGUUGCGGAUGUAAGAGUUGGUAGUGAGACUAGCCGUGGAAUCUCGGGUGGCGAAAGACGUAGAGUUUCAAUUGGAGUUGACAUAGUUCAUGAACCGGCAGUUCUCCUGCUUGAUGAACCGACUUCGGGGCUGGACUCUGCAUCAGCUCUUGAUGUUGCCCUGCUGCUGAAGUCCAUGGCUUCGAAGCUGAGGAGGACUAUAGUGCUCACCAUUCACCAACCCGGGUUCCGAAUACUCGAGCUCUUCGAUCAGAUUCUGUUACUGUCUAGUGGAACUGUUCUUCACCAUGGACCCCUUGAUCUUCUCGAGCAACGGCUCAUAUUCUCGGGCCAUUCCAUUCCCAGGCAUGUUAAUGUGCUUGAGUUUGCAAUCGAAGUGGCUCAAUCCUUUACAGAUUAUACCAUGCAGAAUGAAAUGGAUGAAAUUGAUUUAGAGGUAUCGAAUUACGAGCUUUUCUCGAGAAUUUCUGGAGAAAGCAAGAUGUCCUAUCCAAAUUCCCGAAUCAAGGAAGUGCUGAUCCUUGGGAAGAGAUUCUCCAGCAACAUUUGUCGAACAAAGCAGCUCUUCAUUGCAAGGACAGUGCAAUCACUGCUCGCCGGGGUUGUGCUCGGGACUAUCUUCCUGAAUGCUAGCGACAAUCCAAGCAGGGUCAACGUGCAGACACAGCUCGGGUUCUUCGCCUUCAGCCUCACAUUCUUGCUAUCGUCCACCACGGAGGGCCUCCCGAUAUACCUGCAGGAGAGGAGGAUCUUGAUGAGGGAGACCAGGAGAGGAGCCUACAGGGUCUCCUCCUACGUCAUAUCGAACGCUCUCGUGUUCCUCCCGUUUCUUCUAGUCAUAGCCCUCUUGUAUGCCAUGCCGGUCUACUGGCUUGUGGGAUUGAGGAGGGAUACAGCCGCAUUCAUUUACUUCACACUCGUAAUCUGGAUGGUCCUUCUGGCAUCGAACUCUUUCGUGGCAUGCUUCAGCGCACUUGUCCCGAACUACAUCAUGGGGAUGUCCCUGAUAGCGGGGCUCACUGGAUCCUUCUUCCUCUUCUCGGGGUACUUCAUAUCAGAGCAAGACAUGCCAAGGUACUGGGUGUUCAUGCACUACCUGAGCCUAUUCAAGUACCCGUUCGAGUGCUUCGUGGCGAAUGAGUACGGCGGGAGCCGGGGAAGGUGCGUGGCAAGCGUGGAGGGACAGUGUCUGUUGAGUGGGGAUGCGUUCCUUAAACAGCAAGGUCUCAAGGAGUCCCAGAAAUUGACCAACUUGGGUGUCAUGUUAGGUUUCAUUGUCGGGUACAGGUUCCUCUGCUUUCUGAUCCUCUGUUACAGAUCUUGUAGGACAAGAGGGUAAGGCAUUAUUUGAUCAACAAAAUGUAAAGAACAAGAAGAUAAAGGUGAAUUUUUAUCUUUCGACUUGUCCCUCUAUACUCUAUAUAGCGAAACGAAUCGGCACG